CUACUUCUCACUCCCUCCACGAUACUCACCCGCCUUCAUGCUUAUCUCUGAACCCUCCAUUUCUUGAAGCAGAACGUUGAACCAUGCUCAGAUAAGUUGCAGAAUAUUUUAAGAAGCCAAUGGGAGUUCAAAGAAAAACGGCUUCUCAGCUUCAGGCCCUUCAUAAUUUUUAUAAAAAGGAGAAGUAUCCAACACCGAGAGCAAUGGAAGACUUUGCUGGUGCUUUGGGGUUGACAUAUAAGCAAGUUCAAGAUUGGUUUGUUGAGCAAAGGAGGAGAGAUAAGAAGGAAAAUGGAGUGUUAGGACCGUCAUGUUCUACUUCGGGAUAUGAUGCAGUUAUAAAUAGGAAUGGUAGGAAGCAGAAAAAGCAGAAAAGUCAUCAGGAGUUGCUUACAGCAAACUACAUUCUAAAAAAUGUGUUCCGGAAGGGUGGUCCUUUUCCUGAUAAGGAAUUUGAUUCUCUUCCUCCAGGUCCAUCCUUUCACCAUGUCGGUCUCAACAAUUCCUUUUCUGCUGGUCAAGAGGACCAAGGACCAAUUAAAAGGAGGAAGGUUUCUGAGAGUGCAGUUGGAAGUCAUCCUGAAUCAAAUAAUAAAGCACCAUUGAGAAAACAUGGUAUUGGAAAAGGUUUAAUGACAGUGUGGAGGGCUACAAAUCCAGAUGCUGGAGAUCUUCCUAUUGGCUUUGGUCUUGGUGAUAAGCCAAGGAAAGCAGUAACAAAUGCUGGAAGACAAAAAAGUAAACUACAGAAUGCGAGAAGUAAAAUCCAAGACAAGAGGAGGGCUUUCAUGCAAAGAAGAGUGGUGAAAUAUAACCAGGAUGUGAAUCAUAAUCAACCACAGAAGGAAAAAUGCGAACUUGUUUUGGGCAGAUUUAUAUCUGAGGAAGAACUUGAUCGAGUGUCAUUUCUAGUUGAUGAUGAAGAGCUAGAGAUGAGAGAGUUGCAAGCAGGGCCAGCUACACACAUGUGUUGUGCUCAUCUUGCUUCCAGUGGAAUUCUUGGCUGCUCUCUUUGUAAAGAUGUGCUGUGUAAGUUUCCCCCACAUACUGUUAAGAUGAAGAAACCAAUCUGUUUGCAACCCUGGGACUCCUCUCCAGAAACUGUCAAGAAACUUUUCAAGGUGUUCCAUUUUCUUUAUACAUAUGCUGCUGUUGUUAACAUUUGCCCCUUCACUCUUGAUGAGUUUGCUCAAGCGUUUCAUGAUAAGGACUCAAUGCUACUUGGAAAGAUUCAUGUGGCCCUUCUUACAGUUCUUCUAUCUGACAUUGAAGCGGAACUUACUAGUGGAUUUCCGCCUCAUUUAAAUAAGUCAUGCAAUUUUCUUGCAUUGCUUCACUCGCAGGUUGAAAAUCAAGAAUACUCUCUGGACUUUUGGAAAAGAUCUCUUAAUCCCCUAACAUGGAUAGAAAUACUCCGACAAGUUUUGGUUGCUGCAGGAUUUGGUUCAAAACAAGGUUCUUUGAGAAGAGAGGCACUUAACAAGGAAUUGAAUCUGCUAGUAAAGUUUGGCUUAUGUGCUGGCACUUUGAAGGGCGAGUUAUUUAAAAUUUUGUUAGCACAAGGCAAUAAUGGGUCAAAAGUGUCUGAACUGGCAAAGUCAAUGCAGAUUGUUGAAUUGAACCUUGCCAGCACGACAGAGGAGCUGGAAUCUUUAAUAUAUUCAACCUUGUCAAGUGACAUUACUUUAUUUGAAAAGAUUUCAUCAUGUGCAUAUCGACUACGCAUGAGCUCUUUUAAGAAGGACAUUGAUGACGUCCAGUCAGAUACAGAAGACUCUGGAAGUGUAGAUGAACUUAAUGACGGUCACACAUGGAGCAGUGAUGAUUUUGAAUAUGAUUCCUGGAACUCCAACUUAAGGAUAUUGAAGCGGGCAAGCAAUUCUAUAAUGAAAAAUAAUACACUUAUAGCAGCCACUGAAAUUGAUGAGAGCCAUCCGGGUGAAGUGUGGCUAUUAGGGUUGAUGGAGAGUGAAUAUUCAGAUUUGACCAUUGAAGAAAAGUUGAAUGCGUUAGUGGCUCUAACUGAUCUUCUUUCUUCUGGGUCCAGCGUUAGGAUGAAGGAUUCGACAAAAGUUACUGCUGAUUACAGUUCAAGCAUCCAGUUACGUGGCUCUGGAGCAAAAAUAAAGAGGUCAAUAGUAAAGAAGCCUGGGUCAUAUUGGAAUCAGAUCAGACCAAUGCAUUGUGUCAAGGAAGGGCAUUCAUCAUUGAAUCCUCACUCCUAUCCAGUGGAUUCCUCAUUAUUAUUCUCAAAUAUCUACAGUGACGCAGAAUCCUCUGAGAAGGCAAAAGAAGCAACCGAAAUAGGUUUAACCAAUUCACACCCCAUUCAAUCAGUGUUUCUGGGUUCUGACCGUAGGUACAAUAGAUACUGGCUUUUCUUAGGGCCUUGCAACGUGGGUGACCCUGGCCAUAGGAGAGUUUACUUUGAAUCUUCUGAAGAUGGUCACUGGGAAGUGAUUGAUGAUGAAGAGGCUUUAUGUGCCCUGUUGUCAGUUUUGGAUGAUAGAGGUAAACGGGAGGCACUUCUUGUUGAAUCUUUGGAGAAGCUGAAAGACCCUCUUUGCAGGGCUAUGUCCAGGAUGAUGGUCAACCACACUGGAAUGUGCCAUACGUCAAAUUCUGAUCAAUCUGAUCUUGAUAGGAUCACAGAAGACAGUUACUCUCCGAUAUCUGAUGUAGAUAACGUGAGCCUGAUUGAGACGGCCAGUGACUCUCUACCUUCAGCCGGGGCUGUGGUGAUAGAAGGUGGGAAGAAGGGAGUAGAACAAAUGCAAAAGUGGAUCCGUCUUCAAGCAUAUGAUUCAUGGAUUUGGAAUUCCUUUUAUUUAAAUCUCAAUGUUGUGAAAUAUGGUAGAAGGUCUUAUAUUGAUUCUCUGGCCAGAUGUGAGAGUUGUCAUGAUCUGUUCUGGAGGGAUGAGAGACACUGUAAAAUUUGCCAUUUGACAUUUGAGCUUGAUUUUGAUCUUGAAGAAAGAUAUGCAAUCCACACAGCCACAUGCAGGGAGAAAGAAAGCAGUAAUGCUUUUCCAAAUCACAAAAUCUUAUCAUCGAAGAUCCAAUCACUGAAGGCUGCAAUUUAUGCUAUUGAGUCUGUUAUGCCUGUAGAUGCGCUGGUGGGUGCUUGGAGGAAGUCUGCUCAUAAGCUAUGGGUCAGGCGACUCAGACGCACUUCAACUUUAACUGAGCUAUUUCAGGUUGUUGCUGAUUUUGUUGGUGCUAUCAAUGAGGAGUGGUUGUUUCAAUGCAGUUUUCCUGAUGGUCUGGUUGAUAAAAUAAUUGCUUCUUUUGCACUUAUGCCCCAUACUUCAUCAGCUCUUGCUUUAUGGUUAGUGAAGUUGGAUGCAAUAAUUGCUCCCUACCUGGACAAAGUCCAGCCUCUGAAGAAGCAGGACAUUACUAAGAGAAAAAUCUCUGGUGGUGUUUGACUCUCAACUUCGCUCUGAAUCCUCUUCUCCGAGCAAGCCCGAGAUGCUGUCUUUCUAAUAGAUCUUCCUUAAUUAUGCAGCAGCACUAUCCUUUCGAUUAUGGUCACUUGCAAGUAAAAGAAGACAAACCUGUUUAUUCUUAUGGAUUCAAGCGUUAUUAUGCUUUAUUACUCCCCAGUGGUUUUAUCAUUCAGGAUCAGAUUUACUCUUGCUGGCGCCCUUCGGUCGAGUUUUUUCUGACUACAUCUUGCCAAAAAAAAUUAUUUGGUGCGUGUAUAAUGCAUAGCCCUUGUUCAAUUUUUUUUUUUUUUGGGGAUGAUAUACACAGACAACUGUUGAUCAGAUGUACAGCACUAGAUUAGAAUUAGGGUAACUUUUUGACUUUUUUUAGGUGCAGAAUCCCUCCUUGAUGCUAGGAGGUCGCCUGU